UGAGGAGGUCAGCUGCCACCACAGAAGAAGAAGAAGAAGAAGAAGAGGAGUGCUUGGACGUGUGAGAGUAAAAACGCUUACACAGACUUUAUAAUGGCCUCUUCUAGCAGUCUGGUCUUUGAGCAGACUUCCCUGCGGUGCUGUCAGCUGAUCCUGGACGCUGAUUCAGCAGAGUCUCUCCCUGAACUCUCCUCCUGUGUUUACCUGUUGCUGUGAGAACGUCCUGCAGACUCCGGAGGUCUCUCCUGUUAGUUUGAGUCUCUCACCGCAGGAUCCCGGACCAGCAGUCACGAGUUCCUCCUGACACACACUCACUUCCUGGAAACCACCUCAGCCCCCCUGCAGAUCCACAGCCCAGACUGGAGGAAGAGUCUGGAUUUAAUCCGCUUUCUCUCAGAGACUCAACAUGCUGUCAUAUGAAGACCUGCAGCAGGGUCUGGAGGCUGCAGGACAAACCCACAUCCUGCAGUUCUGGUCCGAGCUGAGUGAGGAGGAGAGGGGCAGCUUUCUGCAGGAGCUAUCUCAGCUGGACCUGAAGGGACUGAAGGAUCACUGUGAGGGGGCUCAGAGGGCUGCAGAGUCCCCGCCGGAGAGUCUGGACCAGCACAUAGAGCCGGUCCCUGCUGGGUCCAUCGGCAGCGUGAGGAAAAGUGACAGAAAAGGUCUGAGAGAGUGGGAAGAUGAAGGUCUCCUGCAGAUCUCACAGAACCGUGUCGGAGUCCUGCUGCUGGCUGGGGGUCAGGGGACUCGUCUCGGUGUUCAGUACCCCAAAGGGAUGUACAACGUCGGGCUGCCGAGUGGGAAGACGCUGUAUCAGAUCCAAGCUGAGAGGAUCCACAGAGUCCAGCAGUUGGCCGAGAGGAGGCACGGCUCCAGGUGUACGGUCCCAUGGUACAUCAUGACCAGCGAGUUCACUCUGACUCCCACACAGAAGUUCUUUCAGGAGAACAAUCACUUCGGUCUGAAGCCGUCAGACGUCAUCAUGUUCGAACAGAGGAUGAUCCCGGCGGUGACCUUUGAGGGAAAGGUCAUCCUGCAGGGGAAGGGGAAGAUUGCCAUGGCUCCAGACGGGAACGGGGGUCUGUACCAGGCUCUGGUGGACAACGCGGUGCUGGAGGACAUGAAGAAGAGAGGGGUGGAGUACCUCCAUGUUUACUGCGUGGACAACAUCCUGGUCAAGAUGGCUGACCCGGUGUUUGUGGGGUUCUGUGUGAGCAGAGGGGCGGACUGUGGAGCGAAGGUGGUGGAGAAGGCGUGUCCUGCAGAGCCAGUGGGCGUGGUCUGCAGAGUGCAGGGCGUCACACAGGUGGUGGAGUACAGCGAGAUCAAACCAGAGACCGCCGAGCUCAGAGAACCCGGAGGGGAACUGGUGUUCCGUGCCGGGAACAUCUGCAACCACUUCUUCACCCGAUCCUUCCUGCAGGACGUUGCUGAGAAGUUUAAAGACCAGCUGAAACAACAUGUUGCAUUGAAGAAAGUUCCCUUCGUGGACUUGUGUGGGAAUCAAGUCAAACCCACCAAACCCAACGGCAUAAAGAUGGAGAAGUUUGUGUUUGAUGUCUUUCCUUUCUCCAGGAACUUUGUUGCUUUCGAGGUCUUGAGAGAGGACGAGUUCUCCCCGCUAAAAAACGCAGACGGAGCGCCGUCAGACAGCCCGACCACAGCCAGAAACUCUCUGCUGAAUCAACACUGCCGCUGGGCAGUGGCUGCAGGAGCCACGCUGACGGAUGAACAAGGGAAUAAUGUUCCUGCUUCAACUAGUGUUUCUGCAGGAGAUGUUCCUCCAGCUCGAUGUGAGAUUUCACCGCUGGUCUCUUACUUUGGAGAGGAUCUGGAUCAGAUGCUGAGAGGGAGAACUCUGCAGAGUCCGUUUAUACUGGAUGAGAAAAAGGCCAGAGAGCUGCAGGCUCAGUGAUGUGAUGUGAUGAACUGCAGAGAGUUCUGCAGAGCGAGGAGAAGAUGCAUCUGAGUACCUUGUUUACCUGAGAUGUAUACUAUAAUUAUAUGCAUCUUUUUUUUUUGCCUAAAGCUACAAAUACUCUUGUAAUCUCUUGAAAUCAAAUACGGGGCUGUAAAUGACAAUGGAAAUUUAUAAAGCUUUUUUACACAUGAAAACAAAGAUACGACAUACCUCAGGUUUGUUUCUCUCCUGGCUUUUAUUUUAAUUAAUUCAACUCUACAUUAAUGUCCUCAAACUUUCAUGGGUCAUGAGUUAAUUUUAAGCCUUUGUUAUGAUAUUAAUAAAAUUAUUACAACAAA